AUGUCGGCACUCUACGGGAUCAACGCCAACAACGAGGCCACUGCCGCGAGGCAGGGCGCUCCUGGGGCAGGUGCCGCUGGCACUAACGUGCCUCUUGCCGAUAAACACCAUGACGACAGUGUUGACGAAGCGAUUAACGAGAAGCCAUCAUCAUCACCCGCCGAGACUCUUGGUAAGGAUGAUGACGAUUCCGAGAUGGAGCGACGAACAUCCAUCGUCCAAGCUCUUGCACGCUCUUAUUCACAUGCCUCCGCCACUCAUCCCGGAGGACAGAACCCUUUCCAGGCCGGCGAAGAUUCACCACUCAACCCCAACUCACCCGAAUUCAAUGCUCGCGAAUGGGCCAAGUCUGUUGUCGAGCUGGUUCGCCAGGACGGCCAUGGUUUCCGAUCUGCUGGUGUUUGCUACCAGAACCUCAAUGUCUACGGUUACGGAGGUGCCAGUGAUUACCAGGGAGAUGUCGGCAACGUGUGGCUUGGUUUAAGCGACGUCUUUGGCAAGCUCACUGGCAGGAGCGGACAGCGCAUCGACAUUCUGCGCAACUUUGACGGAGUUGUGCACGCAGGCGAGAUGCUUGUCGUUCUCGGACCUCCUGGUGCUGGUUGUUCUACCACUCUCAAGACAAUUGCUGGUGAACUCAACGGUAUCUACGUUGAUGAUGGCUCUUACUUCAACUACCAGGGUAUGACCGCAAAGGAGAUGCACUCCCACCACCGUGGUGAAGCAAUUUACACCGCCGAGAUCGAUGUUCAUUUCCCCAUGUUGUCUGUUGGUGAUACCCUCACUUUCGCCGCUCGCGCCCGACAGCCGCGUGAGCUUCCCCAAGGCUUGAACAGGAACGACUUUGCCGAUCACCUACGAGAUGUGGUUAUGGCUAUGUUUGGUAUCUCUCACACCGUAAACACCCGCGUCGGUAACGAGUACAUUCGAGGUGUCUCGGGUGGUGAGCGCAAGCGUGUAACCAUUUCCGAGGCUGCCUUGUCUGGUGCUCCUCUGCAGUGCUGGGAUAACUCUACUCGAGGUCUGGACUCUGCCAACGCCAUCGAAUUUUGCAAAACUCUUCGCCUCCAGACCGAGCUUUUCAACAACACCGCUGUUGUGUCAAUUUACCAAUCUCCUCAGAGCGCCUACGACCUUUUCGAUAAGGCCACUGUCAUCUAUGAGGGUCGACAAAUCUUCUUUGGCCGUGCCGAUGCUGCUAAGCAGUACUUCAUCAACCUAGGUUUCGAAUGCCCUGCUCGCCAGACUACUCCUGAUUUCCUCACUUCGAUGACAGCCCCCAACGAGCGAAUCGUGCAGGAUGGUUUCAAGGGCAAGGUUCCUCGUACUCCUGACGAGUUUGCUACUGCUUGGAAGAACAGCGCCGAGUAUAAGGCUCUACAGGUUGAGAUCGAGGAAUACAAGGUCGCUCAUCCCAUCAACGGCCCUGAUGCCGAGGCUUUCCGUGCUUCCAAGCAAGCCCAGCAGGCCAAGCGUCAACGUCUCAAGUCUCCCUACACCCUUUCCUACAUGCAGCAGAUCCAACUGUGUCUAUGGCGUGGAUGGCUACGACUCAAGGGUGACCCUGGUGUCACUGUUGGCUCCCUGAUUGGUAACUUUGUUAUGGCUCUUAUUAUCGGUUCCGUCUUCUACAACCUGGACAACAACUCAAGCAGCUUCUUCCAGCGUGGUGCUCUCCUGUUCUUUGCUGUUUUGAUGAACGCUUUCGCGAGUGCUCUCGAGAUUCUGGCCCUGUAUGCGCAACGUCCUAUUGUCGAAAAACACAGUCGUUACGCUCUAUAUCACCCCUCCGCUGAAGCUAUUGCCUCGAUGCUUUGCGACAUGCCGUACAAGAUCGCCAACACCAUCGUUUUCAAUAUUACGCUCUACUUCAUGACGAACUUGAAACGUGAACCCGGAGCUUUCUUCUUCUUCAUGCUCAUGUCCUUCACUGUUGUUCUGGUUAUGUCAAUGAUUUUCCGUACCAUUGCCUCCGCUACCCGCAGUCUCUUCCAAGCUCUUGUACCCGCCGCCAUUCUGAUCCUUGACCUUGUCAUCUUCACUGGCUUCGUCAUUCCAAAGCGAUACAUGCUUGGAUGGUGCAAGUGGCUGUACUGGAUCGAUCCUAUUGCCUAUGCUUUCGAGGCCGUUGUUGUCAACGAGUUCCACAACCGACAAUACGAAUGCAACCAGUUCAUUCCCAACCCUGACGUCUUGGGGUACGACAACGUACCCUCAACCAGCCGCGUGUGCAGCGCUGUUGGUGCUGAACCAGGAAAGUCUGCUGUAGAUGGUGACCGCUACGCCGAAUUGCAAUUUGGCUACAGAUGGGAAAACCGCUGGCGCAACUUUGGCAUCGUCAUCGCUUGGAUCGUCCUCUUCACUUUCACCUACAUGACUGCUGCCGAACUCGUGUCUGAGAAGAAGUCUAAGGGCGAAGUCCUCGUUUACCGACGUGGUCACAAGCCCGCUGCUGUCGCCAACGCCGAGAAGAAGCACAGUGAUCCUGAGGCUGCCAUGGCGCACAUUGGCCCCGUCGUCACUGCUGAGCGCACUCGAAGCCGAACUAACGGGGCUGGUGGUAUGCUCCAGGAGCAGACAUCUGUUUUCCAAUGGCACGAUGUCUGUUACGAGGUCAAGAUCAAGGAUGAGACUCGUAAGAUUCUGGAUCAUGUCGAUGGCUGGGUUAAGCCUGGUACUCUGACUGCUCUUAUGGGUGUUUCUGGUGCUGGAAAAACCACUCUGCUCGAUUGUUUGGCUGACCGUACUUCUAUGGGUGUUAUCACCGGCGAGAUGUUGGUUGACGGCAGUCCUCGAGAUAUGUCCUUCCAACGCAAGACUGGGUAUGUUCAACAGCAAGAUCUUCAUCUUCAGACUUCAACUGUUCGAGAGGCCCUCAACUUCAGUGCCCUACUACGCCAGCCCGCCCAUGUCCCUAAGGAGGAGAAGCUCGACUAUGUGGAACAGGUUAUUAAGCUGCUCGAUAUGGAAGAAUAUGCCGAUGCCGUGGUUGGUGUCCCUGGUGAGGGUCUUAACGUCGAGCAACGUAAGCGCCUGACUAUCGGUGUCGAACUUGCUGCUAAGCCCCCUCUGCUGCUCUUCGUUGACGAGCCUACAUCCGGUCUCGACUCUCAAACCUCAUGGGCUAUUCUGGAUCUGCUUGAGAAAUUGACCAACGCUGGUCAAGCCAUUCUUUGCACAAUCCAUCAGCCCUCUGCCAUGUUGUUCCAACGCUUUGAUCGCCUUCUUUUCCUGGCCAAGGGUGGCAAGACUGUCUAUUUCGGUGAUAUCGGCGAGAACGCCAAGACCAUGAUUAGCUAUUUCGAGCGUCUCAGCGGCCACACCUGCCCUCCCGAGGCCAACCCUGCUGAGUGGAUGUUGGAAGUUAUUGGCGCUGCCCCCGGAUCUCACACCGACCUAGACUGGUUCCAGAGCUGGCGCGAGAGCCCCGAAUACCACGCUGUCCUGGCCGAACUCGAACGAAUCAAGCAGGAGAAGGAGGGUGUUGAGGACACUGGUGUCGAUGAUGGUAGCUACCGUGAAUUUGCCGCCCCCAUGACGGUCCAAUUCAAGGAAGUCCUCUACCGUGUGUUCCAGCAGUACUGGCGCAUGCCUGUGUACAUUUACUCCAAGGCUGCUCUUUGCUCUCUUGUCGCUCUCUUCAUCGGUUUCGUUUUCUUCAACGCCCCCAACAGUAUUCAAGGUCUCCAGAACCAGAUGUUUGCUAUCUUCAACUUGCUCACCGUUUUUGGUCAACUGGUACAACAGUCUAUGCCUCAGUUUGUCAUACAACGUUCCCUUUACGAAGUUCGCGAGCGUCCGUCAAAGGUCUACUCUUGGAAAAUCUUCAUGCUGGCGCAGAUAAUUGUCGAACUCCCUUGGAACAGUUUGAUGGCUGUCAUCAUGUACUUUGCCUGGUAUUACCCUGUCGGUCUUUACAACAAUGCUUCUGAUGCAGGUCAAACCACUGAACGUGGCGCCCUUAUGUUCUUGUUCCUGUUGGCUUUCCUCAUCUUUACCGCUACUUUCUCGACCAUGAUCAUUGCCGGAUUCGAAACACCUGAAGGUGGCGCGAACGUCGCUAACCUGUUGUUCAUGCUCUGCUUGAUUUUCUGUGGUGUCCUCGCUACCAAGGAAUCGCUACCUCGCUUCUGGAUUUUCAUGUACUACGUAUCACCGUUUACAUAUAUCGUGGGAGGUAUGUUAGCAACAGGCGUUGCCAAUACCGAUGUCACUUGCGCUGCCAAUGAACUGGUCCCUCUUCAGCCUCCUAAUGGCUCGACCUGCGCGGAGUACAUGGGUGACUACAUCAAAGCAGUUGGCGGUUACUUUGUCGACCCUGACGCCACAGAAACCUGCCAGUUCUGCACCAUCGAAAAGACCAACACCUACCUCGCCGCUGUCAACAUCGACUAUGUUGACCGCUGGCGCAACUUUGGUGUCUUGUGGCUCUACAUCGCCUUCAACAUUGUCGCCGCAUUGUUCAUCUACUGGCUGGCGCGUAUGCCCAAGAAUAGCUUCAAGAAGGCCAACAAGACCAAGAAGGAGAAGGCUUAA